GCGAGUUGGGGCGACGGCCGGCGGCCGCCGCGUCGUCCCUGGGUGCCGCGGACGGAGGGUCGUUAUGGCAGCGCCCAGGAGCCCCCCGACGGCGCGGGAGCGGCCUCGAGCCCCAGCUGCAGGCAGCGGCCCGGUCCACUCCUGGGUCCUGGUUGCCGGCCAAGCCUUGGAGGCGGCGUGGAGAACGGCCAAGGGGUCGGUGGGCCUGGUGACGUCCGUCCUGAUGGCCGCUCUCUGCUACUUGAGGGGGCUGCAGCUGUCCUCGGGACACCAGCUGAAGUGGUGGGUCGGCUAUCUGCAGAGGAAAUUUAAAAGGAACCUGAGCGUGGAGGCGGAAGUGGAUCUGCUCAGCUACUGCACCCGAGAGUGGAGAGGAGAGAGUCCCCGGGCAGCACUGAUGAGGAAGGCUUAUGAAGAUCUGUCCCGGCGGCUCCGCAUCAAGUGCGUCCGGCCGGUCAGGAGCGACCACUACGCGGCGCUGAGGGCAGUGCUGUUCCAGGUGCUCAGCCAGGGCCUCCCGCUGCCCUCCUGGACCAAGGAGAAGGACAUGGUGAAGCUUCCUGAAAAGCUGUUCUUCUCACAAGGCUGCAACUGGCUCCAGCAGUACAGCUUCGGGCCCGAGAAAUACACAGGCUCGAAUGUGUUCGGAAAGUUACGUAAAUGCGUGGAGUUGCUGAAGACCCAGUGGGCCGAGUUUAGUGGGAUCAGAGACCCUCACAAGCGAGGGAGGAUGUGCAACGUCCUUUUUUCCGACGCCAUUCUGGAGUACAAGCUCUACGAAGCCUUGAAGUUCCUCAUGCUCUAUCAAGUCACUGAAGUUUAUGAACAAAUGAAGACGAAGAAGGUCAUCCCCCCUCUCUUCCGACACCUCUUCUCACGGGAAACCUCCCCGGACCCCCUAAGCUUCAUGAUGAAUCACCUGAAUUCCGUGGGCGACACCUGUGGGCUCGAGCAGAUGGAUCUGUUUGUCCUCGGACACUCCCUGGAAGUGAAGAUAAAGGUGUUCCGACUGUUCCGGUUCAACUGCAGGGACUUUGAAGUCUGCUACCCGGAGGAGCCUCCCCGGGAGUGGCCGCAAGUGCCCCUGCUGGCCGAGAACGACUGCCACUACCACAUCCCUGUCUUCUAGGGCCCGCGUGGACGGGGCGUGGCCCUCUCGCCCAUGCGGCCGAUGGCGCUCACCUGUGGCCAGAAAAGCCUCUGUAGCCAUUGAAAGUGUGGGACCUUCUUCCUGGGCUCCUGGCGCCCCCCAGCGGCGAGCGGCACAGGGCCGGCCAGCCAGGUGUCCAGGGGGCCUCUGCGAGCAGCUGCCCUUCCCGACCUGGACUUGGGGUGACGGGCUGAGCCGUGUUUAAGGGCUCCCUGCCCGCCCUGCGUGCCGUGGGCUUGGAGGGCACAGGGAGGUGUGAUCCGGACGGGAACUGCAGGGCAGGGAGGGGCAGA